CCUCCCACAUGUGAGCCCCGUCGUUAGCACCACGCGCAGCGUGUGGAGGAGAGAGAAACCGGUCGGGAAGGCAACGUCACUCCUCGGACCACCGACUCGACGUAGCGCAGCGGACAGAUAGCGGAGCGGAGCGGCGUUGUCCGAGGCAGGUGCUGAAGCGAUUACAGCAGAAAGAUGGCGGACGACCCCAGCGCGGCGGACAGGAACGUGGAGAUAUGGAAAAUCAAGAAGCUGAUCAAAAGUUUGGAAGCUGCCCGUGGUAAUGGCACCAGUAUGAUCUCACUGAUCAUCCCUCCCAAGGACCAGAUAUCUAGAGUGGCCAAGAUGUUGGCUGAUGAGUUUGGCACUGCUUCCAACAUUAAGAGUCGAGUCAACCGGCUCUCUGUGCUCGGGGCCAUCACCUCUGUACAGCAAAGACUAAAACUCUACAACAAGGUGCCACCCAACGGUUUGGUCGUGUACUGUGGCACCAUUGUGACAGAGGAAGGCAAGGAGAAGAAAGUCAAUAUCGACUUUGAGCCUUUUAAGCCAAUCAACACCUCCCUGUACCUCUGCGACAACAAGUUCCACACCGAGGCAUUGACAGCCCUGCUCUCUGACGACAGUAAGUUUGGCUUUAUUGUGAUCGACGGUAGUGGGGCGCUGUUUGGCACACUGCAGGGCAACACCAGAGAGGUGCUGCACAAGUUCACUGUGGACCUACCCAAGAAGCACGGCAGAGGAGGGCAGUCUGCUCUGCGUUUUGCUCGUCUGAGAAUGGAGAAGAGACACAACUAUGUGAGAAAGGUGGCUGAGACGGCUGUCCAGCUCUUUGUGUCCAACGACAAAGUUAAUGUGGCAGGAAUGGUCUUGGCUGGUUCUGCUGACUUCAAGACCGAGCUCAGCCAGUCGGACAUGUUCGACCCAAGGUUACAGGCCAAGGUUUUGAAGCUGGUGGACAUCUCCUAUGGAGGAGAAAAUGGUUUCAACCAGGCUAUUGAGCUCUCAGCAGAGGUCCUCUCUAAUGUCAAGUUCAUCCAGGAGAAGAAGCUCAUAGGGCGGUACUUUGAUGAGAUCAGCCAGGACACGGGGAAGUACUGUUUUGGUGUAGAGGACACACUCAAAGCCCUGGAGAUGGGAGCAGUGGAGAUCCUCAUAGUCUACGAGAACUUAGACACCAUGCGCUACAUUCUACGUGUACAUGGGGCCGAGAGCAACGGAGCAGAGAACGAUGAGAAGACUUUGUACUUGACGCCAGAGCAAGAGAAAGACAAGUCCCACUUCACAGACAAGGAGACGGGGCAGGAACAUGAGCUGAUCGAGAGCAUGCCAUUGCUGGAGUGGUUUGCUAACAACUACAAGAAAUUUGGAGCCACGCUGGAGAUAGUCACAGACAAGAGCCAGGAAGGAUCCCAGUUCGUCAAGGGCUUUGGAGGCAUCGGGGGCAUCCUGCGGUACAGGGUGGAUUUCCAGGGCAUGGAGUACCAAGGAGAGGACGAUGAGUUCUUUGAUUUGGAUGACUACUAGGUAGUCGGGGACUGAUAUUGGGAGAAAAAAAGAAAAGCAAAGGAAUGAAUGAAGAAAUAAGGAAAGAAAAAUGCCACCUCUCUUGCAGCAAGUGAGAGGUGCGACCGUGUUGACCAUAUAUAUGACAGACACACCUUCCAAUUUACCUGUUGCAUACACAAACUUGCGCAUACAUUUCAUCUGUACACAUGACAAAAAGCAUCACACAGGCUGAAGAGGAGUGAGAUUUUCUUUCAUCCAGAGAGGGAGAAAGCCCUUCCUGAAUAAAUCCCUGCCUUAGAGUGCUGGUUCCUUCCCCUAGUUGGAUUGGACUCGACUCAUUUUCUUUUUUUUUUUUUU